UUAUUUUACGCUGUGAGCAUCUGGUCAGGAUAGACCACCGCUGAAGUUCGCAGAUUGCUAUGCCUGCUACAGAAAGAUAAAGUGAAAGAAAUAACUUACGGACCUUUUACUCACAGGGACAGUGGUAUAACUUGCGUAGCUUGACGGCCGUUUUGUAACAGUGAGGAUUAAAAAUGUUUUCUCUGACUGCCCAACCACAGGUAACUGUACCUCUUAGCCACCUCAUCAACAUCCUCCACUCUGUGAAGAGUACAGUUGGAAGCAGCAGCAGUGCCACCCACAAAUCAAGAAAACCCAAGGGGCAUGCCUCAGACUCAGAACUACACUGUGCAGAGCCCAUGUGGAACCUGCGUGAGCUUGGAUUAUCAGACCUGGGAGCACUACAGCUGGAAGAGCUGGCAAACCAUGUGUUACCACGCUGGAGUUCACAGGAGGCGCCACUUCCAAUGGGUGCACAGACAGCCUGGAGGACCUCACAUCUUUCUACACACUCAUUUUUCUAUAAUAAGCAUGGCUUCUCAUGUGGUACAAUGCUGAUGUCGGCCACAGUUUUUUCCAGGCAGCACCUUUCACCUCUUCAGUCUGUCUGCACAGAGCUACAACACUGGCCAGUGUGGGUCCAGAGCAGAGGUUUUAAAACUUUAAAGAGCAAAACCAGACGACUGCAGUCAGCUUCCGACCGCCCCCUGGAAUCUGAAGGGUUCACACCAUCUUUUAUGAAGGGUUUCCUGACACGUGACAAAGGGAUUGAAGUUGAAAAUCUAGACAGCUUGUUGAAGAACAAGAACAUACCCGAUGGACAGCAGGAUGCUUUCAAGAGGGGCUUCGCUGAGGGAUUCCUGAAAGCGCAAGCCUUAACACAACGCACACAAGACUCUCUGAGGAGGACUCGUCUAAUCCUGCUGGUGCUGCUCCUUGUUGGGCUCUAUGGGAUCUCCAAGACCCCUUUCAUAUCGGUGCGGUUCCGAACCACAUCAGGCCUGGACUCAGCAGUGGACCCUGUGCAGAUGAAAAACGUGACAUUUGAGCAUGUCAAAGGGGUAGAUGAAGCUAAGAAUGAGCUGCAGGAAGUGGUGGAGUUCCUGAAAAACCCACAGAAGUUCACAGUAUUGGGAGGAAAGCUGCCAAAAGGUGUAUUGCUGAUUGGCCCUCCAGGGACUGGAAAGACUCUAAUGGCCAGAGCGGUGGCAGGAGAGGCAGAUGUGCCAUUCUACUAUGCCUCAGGGUCAGAGUUUGACGAGAUGUUUGUUGGAGUGGGAGCCAGCCGCAUCAGGAACCUUUUCAGGGAGGCUAAAGCCAAUGCUCCCUGUGUGAUCUUCAUUGAUGAACUGGACAGUGUGGGUGGGAAAAGGAUUGAGUCUCCCAUGCACCCUUACUCCAGACAGACUAUCAACCAGCUACUUGCUGAGAUGGAUGGGUUUAAACCAAAUGAAGGCGUGAUCAUAAUUGGAGCAACCAACUUCCCAGAGGCGUUGGAUAAUGCCCUUAUCCGCCCGGGACGUUUUGACAUGCAGGUGACGGUCCCCAAACCAGAUGUGAGAGGACGCACAGAGAUCCUCAACUGGUAUCUAAAGAAGAUUAAAGUGGAUCCAGCAAUUGAGGCCAAUAUUAUUGCCCGGGGCACAGUGGGCUUCUCCGGCGCUGACCUGGAAAAUCUGGUCAACCAGGCUGCCCUGAAGGCAGCAGUUGAUGGCAAAGACAUGGUCACCCUGAAGGAGCUUGAGUUUGCUAAGGACAAAAUCCUCAUGGGCCCUGAGAGAAGGAGUGCAGAAAUAGACGACAGGAAUAAGCAGAUCACAGCGUACCAUGAAUCAGGCCAUGCAAUUGUAGCUUACUACACCAAAGAUGCCAUGCCUAUUAACAAGGCUACUAUCAUGCCCAGAGGCCCAAGUCUGGGACAUGUGUCCAUGCUCCCGGAGAAUGAUCGCUGGAGUGAGACUCGCUCUCAGCUGCUGGCCCAGAUGGACGUCAGUAUGGGCGGCCGUGUAGCAGAGGAGAUUAUGUUUGGUCAAGAGUAUAUCACAACUGGUGCAUCAAGCGACUUUGAUAGUGCCACAAAGAUUGCUAAACUGAUGGUGACCAGAUUUGGAAUGUGUGAAAAGUUAGGUGUGAUGACCUACACUGACAUGACGGCCCAGAGCCCAGAGACACAAUCAGCUGUGGAGCAUGAAAUCAGGGUGUUAUUAAAGGAUUCUUAUGAGCGAGCCAAAGCCCUGCUAAAGUCUCACGCCAAAGAGCACAAAAAACUGGCAGACGCUCUGCUCAUGUAUGAGACACUGGACGCCAAAGAGAUCCAGCUGGUCCUGGAGGGCAAGACCCUGGAGACCAGAUGAAACUGGCCAGGGCCGCAACAAUCGGGGUAGCAACGGGGAGGGGUCCGGUUUUAAGAGCUCAGGGGUCAAUAGAAGAAAUAAUGGACUCAGAUCUUGAGCAGAAUCAGAGGAGUCAGACGUCAUGGCGCUGCAAGUGCUCAUGUGGGAUGAUGUCAUAUCUUUAUGCUGUCACCUUUGUGUAAUCUCAUCAAUAUUCCCAGAUAAGUAGUUUUGUUGAAUUAACGGUAAACUUUCCUGUGCUCAGGUGAGGCAGGUGUGUGGUGUACAGGUUCAUUGUAAGGCUGAAAAGUUAUAUGCCAAAUGGUAAAGAUGUUGCUCAGGUCACUUUAACAGUUGUAAAAGGAAAUAAUACAUGAAUGUAAUGAUGCACCUCAAAAACGGCAUCCUGAUAGGAUUCAGCCAGGUCUGUGUAGAUUCUGUCAAAGAGAAAUCCUGAGUGGCGGUUAUCUAUCUUUCAAUCCAAAGAGCCACUGUGUAAUGAUGGCAACUAGACCUGAACUAAAUCUGAGCUCCUAUUUGUCAGGUGUCUUCCAGUGUUUGUGUUCAUAUCUGUGAUUUGUCUAGUAUAUGUUCAAGGUCAGGCUGUAUGUAGCUCCUGUGUUUCUGAAGUUGCCACCUUGCUGUCAAAAUGGUGUGCUGCACUUUGUCUUUCCCUCUGCUUCUUUGUCUGGGAUGAAUGGAAUAUCCAUAUAAAAUAUAUAUAUAUAUAUAUCUAUAUCUCCAUUCUCCUUGCCUGCUGUACCCUUCUGCUGUCCCUGUUAGUUAUUUUUAAAGGUGGCCUUUUGGGGAAUGCCCUGUAAGUGUAAACUUGACUUAGGAAGUGUAUAAAGUUUAAACUAACGUCUAAGCACUUUGGACAAGUGUACAAAUACAAAAAUGCACUUGUGCACUCUUCAUGUAAUUUAUUUUGUUUAUGCUGCUCAGCCUAAAAACAUGCAUCACAUACUGCUGUGUUUAUGUAGUGAUGCAUUGGAGUCUUUAGGAUUUUAAAGUUAUAACGUUGCCUAAGCUAUUUAAAUAGGGAUGGGCCUCCUGAAAAGUCUCUGAGCGAAAUAUCUGUUUUUCUUGCAAAUUAGUGGAUCAAAGACUCUCAGUCAUGGGGCAACAUUCAGACAAACAACAAAGGCCUGUUCAGUCUUUCAGUUUCCAUCGCUGUCUACUUGUCACUUCUAGUGCUCUGUUCCUUUCUGUUUCAACAUGUUUUUCACAGUGCAGUGGAAGAAAGAUGCCAAUGUGCUCUGUGUAUAAAGGAAGUGAAGCUGUAACAAAUAUUAAUUGUGAAGUAGAUAUCCUUGAUUCUAAAUAUUUUUUUCAACACAGAUUGUAGGUAGGAACUUGCAGUUAUGCCUCUGUUAAAAUCUUUAUUUGUCUCAAGUGAAUAGUAACAGUGUAUGAAAUCCAUAUUUUAGCAUUUUGGAACAUUUAUUUCACUGAAGGUAUAGCUCUUGUCAAGAUUAACACCAGCAUAUGUUGAACUUAACAGUGUUACAUUUUCUGCUGUUUUUUGCUUCAGUUUGACACCAUUACUACUGUUAAUUGACCAUUUAUCCACAUUUAGCUGUGUGUGUAUAUGACUGGGAUGUAAUGGGAACCUUGUAUAUAGAUGUAUAGUAAUGCUUUUAUGCUGUUAGUGAAUGGAUCUCUGCUGUUGAUUGAUUAAAUCUCUCAACAAUGUGAUGGCAGUGGUAAAUGACUGUAUAUGCACGAGAAAUAAAUAAAAAGAAGCCCAAAUAAAAA